CGCCACGUUUUUCCUGCUAUUCAAUGUCAGCCUCGAACAUAAGAACGUUUGAAGGAAGUUUCUACAAGCAUCUGGGGAAAGGUACCUUUCUGUUCUACCGCAGCAACAAUUCGUCGACCGAGGUGCAUGUACGGAAAUGGCAUUGUGGUGGUGUAUCUACGUGUGCGUGCGCAGUCGCAGUACGUGAAGGAGGUGACGUCAUUGUGGCUGAUAUGUGUCAUGGUCAAUACAAGCAAUCAAGCUUGAGGUUUUUCAUACGUUCCAUGUUGCCACUGCAUGAAGAUACCAAGAUUAUGGAGUCAAGUAAUGGACGAUCAUUCUCUAUCAAACUUCCAUCAGGCUCAGAAAUCAAGAUUGAGGAAUUUUAUUGGGGUAUAAGCAUUUAUCUUUCGGUCACAAAUCCUGGUGAAGGUUUGUGUCGUGGGGCGACUCCGUCAGCACAGAAGACGAUGACAAGUUUCUUCAACAAUUUUACCGGACAUUCCGAGCCCGCAGCCACUGUGACACCUCAAGAUUUUUGCUCUUGUUCUGGUUUGGAAUCCCUGAACCAAUCAAGACAAUCUUGUCAGCCUUCACGUUCCUCGCCCUCACCUGAUGAAGCACUGGAUAUCACAAAGAAAAUCAUAGAUAAACAACCUGUAUUGCUGAAAGGAUUUGGUUCGAAUAAUGGAUUGCAUUCAAAACACGAAGAUAGUUUGCAAGCUGACGCACCAAUUCAAUCUUACGAAAGAAGCGAGAAAAUUUGCCAUAACAUUUUAAACACGUCGGACCCGCAACACGUUUGUAAAAGCGUUCUUGGCUCAGAACUUUGGAGAAAAAUUCUGCAAAUCUGUAUGGAUGAAACCCAGGAAGGUUUUGAUAUGGGUUUGCUGCAAGCAAGUGGCCAGACUGUAACUACGCUUUGUAAAGAGAAGAUUGAAAACAUGAAGGAUAAUCAAACUCUGCUGAGACGUUGGAAAAAUGAGCUUUGUGAGAAUCGCUGUGGACAGAAUGGACAUUGUUAUCAAGGCCAUUGUAAAUGCGACGAAGGCUAUGGUUCAGUCGACUGUUCUGUCGAUCUGAAAUCAGCACCGCUGACGUUUUUGCAAGAUCGAUUGUGUGAUGUCCGUAAUGAGAUGUGUGAUGAAAUAUUUAUCUCAGGUUCACCAUUUUUGAACUUUGGAUCACUCUCGUGCUCAUUUACUCCCGUUAAGAAAAGGGGUCAAAAGUGGAUAGAAGACAGACAUGGAACAUUCACGGCAAAAGCUAUAUUCUACAGCCGGCGUGGAGUGAUCUGUAGAAUUCCGGAAAAUCGACGCUCAAGAUUUACGAAAUCAGAAGAGGCAUUUCACAUUCGAGUGUCCAACAACGGUUACCUGUGGAGCAAGGCUGUAUUGAGAGUCGGCUACGACAGUUUCUGUAAGAACUGUAGUGGAACUGAAAGCUGCACUACGAAGACUGGAAUGUGUUCUAUCGAAUCUCGCUGUUUCAUAAACGGCGACGUUUCUCAGAAGAUUCCAUGUCUUAUAUGCUCUUCUGUGGAUAACUCUGAUGGAUGGACCACACGCUCAGAUAAUCUUCCACCGUUUUUCACAUCUCCCACGGAAGACAGCAUCACCAUUCUGCUAGGAGACGAAAUCUCGUUUCUGGUCAAUGCAAGCGACCCUGAAGGUGAGCCCUUGAAAAUAACUCAUGACGUGCCACAGGCUCGUAUCGCGUCUGACGGAGAAUUCCGGUGGAAACCCGACAGAGAAACGACGCAAACGAUCCAAUUAUUAGCAACGGAUGAAUGCGGUCGCACGGCGUCAAAGUAUUUGGAUGUUGUAGUCCGGAAAUGUCCCUGUAGGAAUGAUGGAAAAUGUGUGAAAAUAUCAAAAAAUGAGUUCAAAUGUGUUUGUUCCGAAGAGUAUGAAGGUGUUUAUUGCGAGAAGAUGGUAUCACCUUGUGCCCCAAAUCCUUGUCAUCAUGGCAAGUGCGAGGAGAUUGGAUCCGACUUUCGAUGUAUUUGCGGUCAUGGUUACCAUGGCAAUUUGUGUCAUCUUAAAGCUCCUGUCUGUCAUUCGAGUCCUUGUCAACGCGGGAACUGCCAGAAGUCAAAUUCGACGGAUGACGGAUUUCAUUGUAAAUGCCCGCGAUAUUACGGUGGUCGUCUUUGUGAGAUUGAACUCAGUGCUUGUGCUAGGGAUCCCUGUGUACGUGGGCAGUGCCGUAGCAACAAUGACGUAUCGUCCCAUCAUAGCAACAAUACCAAUUCAUUCGAAUGCAUUUGCCCGCCUGGUUUCCAUGGAAAACUGUGUUCGAGAAGAACUACCGCUUGUCGACCAAAUCCGUGUCUUCGCGGGCGCUGUGUCGAUUUGGGAUCCAUGAACAUGCGUUGUUUAUGUCCUCCAAGUCAUCAUGGGAAAUUUUGCAAUAUCACUGGACUCUAUUGUGGAAGCACGCGCUGCAUAAACGGCACCUGCGAUAGCAAUGGUGAGAAAUGUAUUUGCCGUAAGAAUUAUAUAGGGGAACGAUGUGACACUUUAUGUAAUAUUGACUGUGUUAAUGGUGCGUGUUCGUUGACUUCUCGAGGGUCGGUGUGUAAAUGCGACCCGGGGCACACAGGCGCUGACUGUGGGACUAAGAUUCAACCAUGUGAUUCAAACCCGUGUGGACAUGGGAUUUGUAUUAACACAAAGUCGGGCCAUCUGUGUCAUUGCUACCCGGGAUACAGCGGUUCGUCUUGUAAUACAUCAGCCUGUUCCAUGGUCGAUUGCAACAACGGUACUUGCAUCCUUGUCAGUGGAAUACCGGUUUGCCGAUGUCUCACGGCAUACACGGGCCAAUUCUGUGAAAGACGAAGACAGCCCUGUGACACAUUUCCCUGUCUGAAUGGCCUUUGCAUCGCAACCGAAGCGAACUCCUUCACUUGCUCCUGUAACCCUGGCUUUCAGGGCGCUCUGUGUGGUGAAAGGAUUGAUCCUUGCUUAUCAAACCCUUGUGGUGAUGGUACUUGUAAAGGGAACUUGAAUGGUACGUUCUCAUGCAAAUGUCCUCCUGGUUACGUCGACAGGUUCUGCAAAGAAACGUUAGGAGUUAAAUUAAAAACAAACCCGUGUGAUAUGAAUCCUUGCGUUCAUGGACAAUGCGAAUCAGUUUCGGAUACAGAUUUUCGUUGUAACUGUCAACGGUCAUACGUGGGUCGCUUUUGCGAGAAGCGUUUCGAUAUUUGCGCGUCUAGUCCGUGCGUGCAUGGCCGUUGUUCAUCCGUGCUCGAAGGAACGUUCUCGUGCGCGUGUGAUGCUGGUUUCUCCGGCGCGUUGUGUCAGAUAGACCAUCGGCCGUGCUCCAAGAAUCCGUGUUUUGCUGGAGUGCGCUGCAGCAAUAUCGAUGACCUAAACUUCAGAUGUGCGGAUUGUCCGUCUGGGUAUGUCGGGGAUGGAAUCCAGUGCAGUAUUGUCAAAGACGAGACGAAAAGUGUUCGUCGUCCAUGUCCCCGUCAAUUUUGUUUCCCUGGUGUUCAAUGUUCUAUCGUUAAUUCCCAGAUUCACUGUGAGGCUUGUCCCCGUGGUUACUAUGGCAACGGCUUCUACUGCAGAGUGUUAUGUGAGCUCCCUUGUAAGAACGGUGGGACAUGUGUAGCACCUGGAGUGUGCAGGUGUCGGCGAGGGUUUAUUGGGGUAACAUGCGCGAGAGCAUUCUGCAGGAGAAGCUGUUUGAAUGGAGGUCGAUGUAUCUCACCUGGAAAAUGUCGCUGUCCCCUGGCUUUCUAUGGUGAACGAUGUGAGAAUGCUAAAUGUAAUGUGAAAUGCCUGCAUGAUGGAAAAUGUAUCCCUCCUGGGAAAUGCCGCUGUCUUCCAGGUUACACCGGCGCAUCCUGCGAGCAAGCUGUUUGUCCAUUGGGAUGUCUUAACGGAGGACAGUGCGUGAGACCAGGGGUAUGUCGGUGUUCACCGGGAUACUUUGGGACUCGGUGUCAGCAGGGAACCUGUUCUCCGCAAUGUAGAAAUGGUGGGAUUUGUGUGAGAAAGAACGUGUGUUCGUGUCCCCAAGGCUAUCGAGGCACUCGCUGCCAAACUGGUAAGGCUGUAUGUCAACGUCCAUGUCAAAAUGGUGGUCGUUGUUUCAAGAAGGAUCGCUGUUCUUGUGUGUAUGGUUACUGGGGAGAUGUUUGUCAGCAUGUUCAUUGUCUUCGUCCAUGUUUGAAUGGAGGUCGCUGUAUUAAGCCAAAUGUUUGUCUUUGUCCCACGAAUUACGCUGGGGUUACCUGUAACUUCUAUGUCGGGUAAAAUGAUGCAGUUGUGUUUUACCAUCGCUGGAUCUCAGACGAAAUUGGUCAUGAUGAAAUACAUGCAGGUUGUAUAUGAAAGAUUUUAUUGAUUGGGGAUGUUUUGUAGAGAAACCAAAUUAGCAUUGUAUGCGAACAAUAUGAAUUGGAAAAUUUUCCAAUCUAUGGUGACGGUAGUGAAUUGCGCACAUAUAAAAUACACCAACGAAUUAUUCCACGUGCAGAUUAUUAGACAGCUGUUCGAGCAAAGUUUUGAGACGUUAAGCAGUAUAUCUAUAGCUAUACAAUAUAAAUUCAUAUUAACCAUGCAGAAAACGGUCGUCCAAACUAGUCGAAAUUGUGUAAGAAUGUUUAGUUUUGAAAACUAUAGUGCUGCCAAGAAUUUGAAGCCGAAGUAAAGUACAUACUAUAGCGCUGCCAAGAAUAUGAAGCCGAAGUAAAGUAUAUUCCAGAAAUGGAGAAUAGAAAUUUAUUUUAAAGCAAGCCGCAAGGCCAAGCAUGCAGUCCUUCCCCGAGAUUUAAUAUCGCCUGGAAUCUGUUGCGCAAAAUAAGAUUAGUUUUAUUGUACGGGAUUUAAUCUCCCAUGUUCCUACGGGUUUCCAGUUUGCUGCGCUAACGAUUGCGUUGUUUAAGCAACGGGGAUUGGUAGCGAGUGUUAUCCAAUUUAAGUGCACGGUAUGUUUUCGUGACGACGAAGCGGUUGUCAUGGAAGAUGCGUUUCGAUUCUAUUUAAGAACCGUCCUCAGAGAUAUGAAAUAUUUCAUUCAUAUUAAUCUCAGAUUAAUAUGGGUGGAGGUGUUUGAAAAUGGUUUCAAAUCUUAAGGCUGGUGUGAAAAAUGCGAAAAGGGUUUCGAAACCCAAAGCUGCGAGUUUCGAUCCUGCAUGCUGUGGACGCAACGAAUUUUACAAAUUUCUGCGAUGUCAUGUCAGAUUACGAUAAUGUGAAUUUUCAGAAUACCAGAACGCUUCUGAAUUUUUCGUUUCUUUUAAGGCUAGGGAGAUGGAGAAGUUUUUGAAACGGAUAUUGAAUUCAUAUCGGAAUUGUUUUUGGGUUUGACCUAUUCUUUCCGCCAAAAUAGGAAGCGAUCUGAAUGAAAUAGCAUUAAGAGUUCAUAAGCUUUUUUCCGUUUUCAAGAGGUUCAGUAGGUUUAAGGUACUUUAUUUUGGUCUUAUUAACUUUAAACUGGUCCAAGUUUUGAUGAGAGCUCCCUGCCACGCGCAUUGUUAAUAUGAUCUACCGUAAUGCAGAAAAGUCUUAAGCUUUUGUUUUUGAAAUUUUGGACAAUUAUUAUUACCAGACUAUAUUAUGUAUAUAUACAGUGAUACCAGCUUGGCAAAGUUUUGACAAUAUUUAAUGGAAAUAAUUUCUUUCCCCAUAUAUGAUGAUAAUUUUUAAUAAUAUAAAUACUCAUAUUUGACACUGUGUGUAACAUAUAUUUGGUCUUGGAGAAAGGUAUUUGAAAAAAAACAA